AUCAGGGAAGAGGCUGAUAAACUGUUAGGUGGUGGGGUACAGAGCCCAAACUAGGUGGCACUAUUAUUGCAAGUAUGGUCACUUCAUAUCCUUUGCCUGAAGGCUUCACUGAAUUAGAGGUGUUUGGCAUUGGCACUGCCCUGCUGGUAGAAGUUACUUCAAACCCCUUCCCCGAAGGCUUCACUGAAUUAGAGAUGGUUGGAAUUGGCACUGCCCUACUGGUGGAAGCUCUGCUUGGGUUCUGUCUGAAUGGCUUGACAAUCAUUUCUUUUCGCAAAAUCAAAGAACUCCGAACUCCCAGUAACUUCCUGGUUCUCAAUCUUGCGUUGGCUGAUUGUGGGAUCUGCAUCAAUGCAUUCAUUGCUGCUUUUUCCAGCUUCCUGAGGUACUGGCCCUAUGGCUCUGAUGGUUGUCAGAUUCAUGGAUUUCAGGGCUUUGUGACAGCACUGGCAAGCAUUAGCUCCUCUGCUGCAGUUGCCUGGGACCGAUAUCACCAUUACUGUACCAGAAGUAAGCUACAAUGGAGCACAACUAUCUCAAUGGUGAUAUUUGUGUGGGUGUUCUCUGCGUUCUGGUCUGCAAUGCCACUGUUGGGGUGGGGUGAAUAUGACUAUGAGCCACUAAGAACUUGCUGCACAUUGGACUACACCAAAGGAGACAGAAAUUUCGUCACAUUCCUUUUUGCUAUGGCCAUUUUCAAUUUUGUGAUCCCUAUUUUCAUCAUGCUGACAGCUUACCAAUCUAUAGAGCAGAAAUUCAAGAAAAGUGGACAGUUCAAGUUUAAUACAAGUUUACCAGUGAAGACAUUGAUCAUUUGCUGGGGCCCCUACUCCCUUUUAUGCUUCUAUGCUGCAGUUGAAAAUGUGACUUUCAUCUCCCCAAAACUCCGAAUGAUACCUGCCAUUAUUGCCAAGACAGUGCCAACAGUGGAUGCCUUUGUCUAUGCCCUGGGGAAUGAGAACUACAGAGGAGGAAUAUGGCAGUUCCUCACAGGACAGAAGAUUGAGAAAGCAGAGGUCGAUAACAAAACUAAGUAACACAGUAUGGCUUUAACCUAAAUUAAUGCAGACACAUAACUGAAAGCAAAUCCAGCAGAGGAAACCAUGUAUGUACGCUAACUUUAAUUAAAGGUGGUUCCACAUUGGAAAGGUUCUGCCUGGUCUAAAAGCAAUGAAAUACUGAAAGAAAGUCAUAUGGAUA